AUCAACCUGAAAAAAAACACAUAGGACCAAAAAUAACAAACAUUGGAUCUGAGUCUCUUAAACGAUUAGUUGAAAAUGCCUACGGCAAAGGAAAAGCGCCUGCGAAAGGAGCGAAUCCUGGCGUUUAUACGGGAAAAUCGAGAGCUCAGGCCAAGCGAUUCAGCAAUGGUUCUACAAACACCUUCACCUAAGAAAGAUAAUACUUCACGGCAAAAGAAAAGAGUAUCAUUCACACAUAGCAAACACCACAGAGGUAGUGGAGAGGUCAGGGAUAAUGAUAAGAUUAUUGGACAGGGCCUGACAUCAUGCCUAAUCACAAAGCCCUCAGAAACCAGAUUAACAAGUGGUAACAGCAAACCCGUGGACAGUUCUGUGGAAAAGCAGCCUUGCACAGAAAGCAAAUUGCAUUUCAAUUCGUCAUGCACGAAGUCCACAGAUUCCCGAUUAAUAGCCGGUGCCAACAAUCCAGCAGAACGAAAUGUUGGCAAAUUACCUCGAACCGACAGCGAAUGCCAUUUCAAGGAGCCAGGAAUCUUUUUUCUGCAAACAGUACAUUCGGACUAUGCCACUCAAGAAGUCAAGCUGAACUCGAAACCUUUGAGAAUGGAGUUGAAAAACAAAUGUGACUACUUUCCCAAAUUUGUGGACAAUCGACCUUUCAAGGAUGAGGCCACACAAACCCUUUAUAGAGAAUCUUCGGCGCAGACCUUGGCUUUUUUACCUGAGAUAUACAGUGAAGAAAAAUCAGAGAACUUUGAACUUUUCACUUUGGCCAAUUUGCUGCCAGGCACCAAACCACCAGGAUUGCAUGAAGUUGAGUUUCUGGAGCGGGCUCGUAAGCGAUGGGACUUUAGCAAAGCUCUGAAGGCGAACUUUAAGAGACUCCUUAAUGAGGCAAGAGAAGUGUCGAUAAAAACGCAGUACAAGGAGAUCUUGGAAGCCUUCGAAUGGGAGCAAUGGAUCCAGCGGGAGGAAGACAUUCAGGAAUGCCAAAUGAUGCGUCUUGAGAUCGUGAUCAAAAUGUUUGACAAGAGGGAGAAGCAAAUGCAUGCCAACUCAAAAAUCCGAAUCGAGAAAUCCUUCGAGGACAUCGAAAAAAAGCGACAAGCGGGACUCCGCAAAAACGAAAUUGAGUAUCAGCGUGAAAUGCGUCGCAUCAAUAUCAAAUUGGCCAAAACCUCUCGAAAGUGGGAGAAGCAGAGUCCUAUGCAUGCCCUGGGAUCCCCCUGCUCGGAGUUCUAUGGCCCAUUGAUAAGACAUGGAGUUGAUCCGGCACGACGAUGCUUUGAGCCCACUACUGGACGCAGGGCAUUCGACAUGAGGAUCGAUGAUCUGGAGAAGCGGGUUAACAUGCGUAAUGUUCAGUGUCCCUUCAGCAAGCUAAAGGAAUGGUCCAAACCCAAGGAGUACGACAGAGAAUAUGAGCGAAACUUCUGCAAUGAUGACAAUCUACAGAGGCUCUAUGAGUCCCUGAAGACCCUCAGAACACAAGCCGACAUGGCAAAAGAACCGCCUCGUUGUCUGAAGACACGAUUGCAUUUAGAACGCGGAUCAUCAAGCUCAGAAUCUAACGAAUCCUUCCUUCACUACAGGUAUUCUAGAAAGUCGAGGUAUACCGAGGUGCCCAGUUCAACCCACGCCGCUCCAGCCCCGAAGCUAGUCCCACCAAUAGAAGAAAAGCCAGUAAGGGGCUCUGUGAUAGGACGCGAGUCAUUAGAGACUCUUAUAUGCUCAUACGAAGGCAAUUAUAUAGGAACGAUAAUGCAGUUCCUGGCCGAUGAAAUGCAAAGACUGAAGGAACAGCGAAAGCUGCACUUCUUUUGCAUUUUAGCCCAAAAGGAACGCUGGCGGCGUGAAGCAGCCGAGGCAGGAUUAAGGCAAAAGGAGAACACCAUGCGAAUGCUUUACGAGGAAAUGUUCCAGCUUUGCAAUACGAUACACAAUGAAUCGGCAAGUAAAUAUUCUGACUCCAUAUUCACCACCGAUAUAAGUCACAUGGCAGAAGACGAAGCUGUUGAAGCUGUUACUGAGUUGGCAAAGCAAAUCGAUGCCGACAUAGAACGAUGGUUGGAGUCCUUUAAAUUAAUCCAGAAUCCGUUGAACUUCACUCCCCUACGACUGAUGCUCCAGGACAUGAUCAGCCCGGAUAUGGGAGCUGCACUUCGGCGCUAUGAGAAUUCCAUGAUUGCCCAAUACAUUGUAGAGGAUGUGAUCUUUGGCAAAAUUUGGGAUGAACUAGAAACAUUCGAUAUAGCCAGCACAUUAACUAGUGAUUUCAUAGAUCGCCUCAUUGACAACGAUCUAUAUUUGUUUUCAUCGGACAGUGAAAGUGAAAGCCCCCAUAAGUCAUCCUGGUAUGAGUCCCAUGCCAUAAUAAGAAAACUAAUUCGCCAAGCGGUUCCCGGCAGACGAUGGAAAGAGGAAAACGAAAGGCUGGUUACCGAAACCUUUAAUAGCUUGUUCGAUGAUAUUUUCGAAGAAAUCAUAUAUGGCAUUGAGAAUCCGCCAGUUGUCUUGCCAAACGAUCUCCUUAAGCUUUGUCAAAGUAGAUCAUUUGCCCGUUUUAUAAAUGAUAUUCCACAAAGGCUUACUUCGGAACCAAUAUCCACAUCACAUUCAGAAGAUUUGAAAAAUGCCGACCUUUUAAGAAUGCAAUUUCUAAAUCUUGUUAAAAAGUUUAAGGAAGACAACAUUACCAAAGAUCUGCAAACCGAUGAGAAAUUUAAAUUGAUUAGCAAUGAUUCGGAAAUAUUUGGCGAAGUUCUUCAAAAGUCGAACGUCAUAAAUCCGAUUUCUCCAGAGCCAGAACUUUUUAGCAUCAUAAGUACUGUAAAUAUUGUUGAGCACAAGGAUGAUCUAUCUGCGCUAAGGGGUUCCUCUGUCAGUCAUAAAUCUUCUGUAGAAAUAGUUUCAUCGCCUGAAAGUAGUAGCGAGAAAAGAAGCAUUGUAUUAGAACUAGAACCUGAGGUGGUAGAAAAUGUAGAAGUGGUAAAUGAAGAAAUCUUGAUUGUAGAAGUUGGUAGUCCAGAAAUCUCUAAUGAAGAAGUCGACGAUGAAGAAGUGGAACAAGAUAUAAUUGACAAUUCUCCAAUUAAUUCUGAUGAACAUCAGGAAGAGGAUUCCAAUAAUGGCGAGGAAGUUGUUGUUUAUGUUCCCCAUGAUUCCAAGCUCUUCAAAUUAAGAUAAAUGAAAUUCCAGAUUUUCAUUUCUCAAGUAACGGUACUUUUCGUUACUUUCAUACGCGAGAAUUUUAAAAUAUGUAUCUAUUUGAAAAUUA